AGUGCUAACGAUUAACCUAACUCAAAACUCAAAAGGGGCAAAAACAAUUGGAAGAAAGGUGCUAACUUGCUACUUGCUAUUAUCGCAGCACCGCCAUCUCCGCCCCUUUUAAGCCUAACCCCGCCACUUCUUUCUCUCUCCUAGUGAACUAAGCUAAGAUUUAGGGUUUAUUACUGGCGAAAUCAAAACAUGGGAAGAGCUAAAAAAGGUCCCAAAUUUGCUGUUAAGAAGAAGCUCGUCACUUCCAAAACCCUUAAACAGCACAAACAAGAGGUUUUAAACCCUAAAAAGCGAGACCUUGAAGCAGAAAAUCUCCCUAGAAAUGUGCCUUAUGUUUCAGCAGCCCUAUUCUUCAAAUAUAAUACUGCUUUGGGACCGCCUUAUCGGGUUUUGGUUGAUACCAAUUUCAUCAAUUUUUCCAUUCAGAAUAAAUUGGAUCUGGAGAAAGGAAUGAUGGACUGCUUAUAUGCAAAAUGUACUCCAUGCAUUACGGAUUGUGUGAUGGCGGAACUUGAGAAGUUGGGUCAAAAGUAUCGUGUAGCGUUGAGGAUUGCCAAAGAUCCUCGAUUUGAGAGACUCCCAUGUACCCAUAAAGGAACAUAUGCUGAUGACUGCAUCGUUGCUAGGGUUACUCAGCAUAAGUGCUACCUUGUUGCGACAUGUGAUCGUGAUUUGAAGCGCAGGAUUAGAAAGAUUCCUGGUGUGCCUAUCAUGUACAUCACACAGCACAAGUAUUCUAUUGAGCGGUUGCCCGAAGCUACAAUAGGAGGAGCGCCGAGAUAUUGAUGCUUUUGGGAUGUUGUAGGAAGAACGUGCAAUCUCUUCUAUAUUAAGUUUAACUUUUGGCGUAGUUCGUUCUGUACUUGAGGCGAGUGCUGAUAUAAACAGUCGGUGGACUUGUUAAGAGUACAGAGAAUAUAUGUUUCUUGUUUGAGGUGAUAGGAAAAAAAGACUACCGUCUUAGCAUUGGUGCAUCAGUUUGUAUUCUAGGGUUCGAUCAUUGAUGAGUUUCAAACUAAUCUGAGCUAUUUUUUUUUUUGGUGUAAUAAUGCUGAAGAUGGACUUACAAUUAA